AUGAUAUACAAGAACAAUCUUACGGGGAGUAUCUCUCCUUUUGCAAAUUUGUCAUCUUUUCGCAGAUUGUCUUUAGCCUACAACUACUUUGAUGGUAGCAUUCCAGAUGGUUUUGGUCGAUUGAAGAAUCUUCAGCAGCUUGCACUUGGCGCAAACAACUUGUCUAGCACCAUUCCUCAUUCGCUCUUCAACCUCUUUUCUCUCAUAUUAUUUGAUGUCUCUAUGAACCAAAUUCAGGGAAGUCUUCCCUGGGACUUGGGCAUCACUCUUCCCAAUCUUAAACACUUCAACAUUGCUAAUAACCAUUUUACUGGAUCAAUUCCGGUUUCAAUAACGAAUGCAUCUAAACUCCACCUUCUAGAAAUGGUUCAAAACAAAUUUACUAGAAAGGUUCCUAAUUUAGCGCGGCUCCAUAACCUCAAUUGGUUAAUCCUUACAAGCAAUCAACUUGGUUCCGAGGAAGCUGAUGACAUGAACUUUAUCUCUUCUUUGAUCAAUGCCACCAAUUUACAGUUUUUGGGUGUGAACAUCAAUUAUUUUGGCUGCAAGUUUCCAAAAUCCAUCAGAAAUGAGUUUAAAGCUCUAGUUUAUGAGUUGAUGCCUAAUGGGAGUCUAGAGGGAUGGCUGCAUUCAAGUCCAAAAACUAAUAAUGGGCAAAAUGAGCACCAGAGACUUAACCUUCUAGAAAGAAUAAACAUUGCCAUAGAUGUGGCUUGUGCACUUGAUUAUCUUUAUCACCAAUGCAAUACACCGAUCAUUCAUUGUGAUUUGAUGUCGAGUAAUAUCCUUCUUGAUCAUGACAAGGUUGCCCAUGUUGGAGAUUUUGGCCUAGCUAGAUUUUUCCUAGAGCUUACCAUUCCUAAUCAAAGUAGUUCAAUUGAAAUAAGGGGAUCCAUUGGAUAUGUACCUCCAGUCUUGGAGAGAUCGCAAUAUGUCUCUAAUUCAGGAGCAAAAUAA